AUGCAGCAGGUUCUGGACACUCUGAGUGACAGCACCAGCUCCACCAUCGCCAAUGAUCUGGACCUCAUCUUCCUCAAGGGCAUCAUGGAGAGCCCCGUGUUCCCGUCUCCCUGCUACCCUCAGGCCCAUGAGAACCUGGAGGAGUCCAGGCUGGAGGCGGUGAGCGACAACAACAUGGAGCUGGUGCAGGACAUCCUGAAGGAGCUCACUCCCCUUACGCACAGGAACAAGGCUGCAGACGAACUGGCACGCAUACUGAAGGAGCCACACUUCCAGUCUCUCCUGGAAACCCAUGAUUCGGUGGCAUCCAAGACCUUUGAGACUCCUCCUCCCAGCCCCUGUUCCUUCAUGGACGCUGCCUUCAACACCCAGCCUGUAGCCCCAGAUGCAGUCAGGAUGGUGGGCAUCCGCAAGGUGUCUGGAGAGCACCUGGGUGUGACGUUCCGGGUAGAGAGCGGAGAGCUGGUGAUCGCCCGCAUCCUCCACGGCGGGAUGAUCGACCAGCAGGGUCUCCUCCACGUUGGUGACAUUAUCAAGGAGGUGAACGCGAAAGAGGUGGGCAACGACCCCAAGGUGCUCCAGCAGAUGCUGAAAGAGGCCAGCGGCAGUGUGGUGCUCAAGAUCCUCCCCAGCUACCAGGAGCCUCACACCCCACGCCAGGCGUAUGUGAAGUGUCACUUUGACUACGACCCGUCCCAUGACAACCUAAUACCCUGUAAGGAGGCAGGCCUGGGCUUCAGCAGUGGAGACAUCCUGCAGCUUUUCAACCAGGAGGACCUCAACUGGUGGCAGGCAUGUCACCUAGUGGGGGGCAGUGCAGGCCUUAUCCCUAGCCAGCUACUGGAGGAGAAGAGGAAGGCAUUUGUCAAGAGAGAUCUGGAGCUGGUUACUACAGGUCCUCUUUGUUCUGGAAUGGGUGGGAAGAAGAAAAAAAAGAUGAUGUAUCUGACAACCAAAAAUGCAGAGUUUGAUCGGCACGAGCUGAGGAUCUACGAGGAGGUUGCCAAGGUUUCACCGUUUCGCCGGAAGACGUUGGUUCUGAUUGGAGCACAGGGAGUGGGCCGCCGUAGUCUGAAGAACAAACUGUUGGUGUCAGACCCCCUGCGCUACGGGACCACCAUCCCCUUUACUUCGAGGAAACCCAAGGUGGAUGAGAAGGAUGGACAGAUGUAUUCGUUCAUGACUCGCACUGAGAUGGAUACGGACAUUAAGAACGGACGCUUCCUGGAGCACGGCGAGUACGACGGGAACCUCUACGGCACCAAGAUCAACUCCAUCCACGAGGUGGUGGAUGCUGGAAAGAUCUGCAUCCUGGAUGUCAACCCACAGGCACUUAAGGUUCUGCGGACAUCAGAGUUCCUUCCCUACGUGGUGUUUAUUGAGGCUCCAGAUUAUGAAAUCCUCAAAGCCAUGAAUAAGUCUGCCAAAGAAGCCGGAGUGAUGACUAAGCAGUUAACGGACUCUGAGCUGAAGAGGACAUUGGAUGAGAGCGAGAAGAUCCAGCGUGCCUACGGACAUUUCUUUGACCUGAACAUCAUCAACAACAGCCUGGAGGGAGCCUUCUGCAACCUGAAGACGGCACUAGAGAGACUGAGCUCAGAGCAGCAGUGGGUUCCUGUCAGCUGGGUCUUCUAAAGGCCAAUCAAUCAGAGGUCAGGGCUAGAGGUCAGGAGGUCAGAAUAGGGGUCAAAGGUCUGAGGAGUUGGCAGGUAGAGUGGGACCAAUUAGGAGAGAGUAAAUUGUAAAGGAGUGGAGUUUCCCUCAGCAGCGUAUGACGCUAUACGAUGUGAAAGUCACGUCAAUUUUAGUUCCGUUUCCCUUGUUUUGUAGGCUAAAAAUGAGUCUCAAAUUUGCAUCGUCCAAGUCAUGAAAACGUGGCCAUUUAAGAUAUAUGUGAAAUUGUAUACUCUACCAUAAGAUGGUUUUCAAUGUAUUUGAUGGCCAAGAAGAAGCAUGGAGCCGAAAAGUGAAAUCCGUUUCAUUAGAACAACAAAUCUUUCGGCAGCUCGCCAGGUCUACAAUCCUUUUUUUUUUUGCAUUAAAAAAAGUACCGGCUGGCAAUGUUCAUUAACAAAAACAGCGUAAUCUAAUAUACAACACAUCAAACAGCCUGUAAGUAACAAGUUCUUACUGUGAGAGUUAGCUACUGUGUGAUCUACAAUGGCAGCCCACAGCCGGAAGACCCUGGAUAAAAAUGUGUUUUAAACACUUAUUUGAUAGUGAGGGACACAUUCAACCCGACAUAUCAUAAGUUUUGUUCCUUGACAUUAUGGAUCUGCAUUUGUUGAUGGGAAAUGUUUUUUUUUGUUGGUGAAACCCGAAUAGUUUACGUUUGUUUGAUGAAGGGAUCCAGGCUACAGUUCUUUCCACAACUUGGCAUCAAUAAAGAGUAAAAGUAAAAAUGUUUCAUGUAAAUCUUAAUAGAAAUGCCUAUUUGCAGGAGGAAACGAGUAAGUUCUCGGCUAGAGCAUGCAUGCUCCGGCAUGCUGUCAAAGCAGCAGGAGACGAAGUUCAAAGGAGACUUUUCUACCUUUCUGCCAUGUGUCUUACUUCUUGAGCGUCAAAUAUUUUUAGAGAAGGCAUUGAUAUGA